AUGUCGGUGAACACGUCUAGUACACCGGAUGGCCGUGGUGUACUUAUUUACAACGGGGAAAUGAUCCUGCUUUUUACACAAGAAGUGAACUGCCACUUUGAAAAUGAGCCGGACCACGUUUUCAAGGGAAACAAAUCCGGGAAUUUGUAUCUGACCAGCCAUCGCGUAAUUUUCAUUAAUCGAAAAAGCGAUGCGAUGCGUUCAUUUUCAAUGCCGUUUCACUGCAUGCAAGAUGUCAAAUUGGAGCAACCUGUUUUCGGCGCCAAUUAUCUCAAGGGUAUUGCUGUGGCGCAGCCAGGCGGUAAAUUUUCGCGUUUUUUUUUUUUUUUUGAUUUUACGUUGUUUGUGUACGCCUAG